AUGAACCCAAAGUCCCGCUCACGCUUUUCAAUUCGCCUAUACAACCAAGCACUAAAAACCUCGAUAACAAAUGUAACUCUUUCAUUACUUUUACUUUUACUUUCAAAACUCAUUUUUAAUAGGUGGACACAUUCUUCGCCGGAAUCGAAGGUUAUCGUGGAGCUCCGAAGAGUUUCCCCGAGAACAGUAUGGCCGGAUUCGCACAAGCAGAAGCGAUGUGCUGCAUGUGUGGCUGCUCAAAACGGUGACUACGUGGUACCUUGAAGCAGAUCUUCUGCUCACCAACAACAUGGACAUCUCACAGUGAGCAUUGAUUUGUCUAAAGUCACGAAAUACAUGUUUAUUCUUAUCAGAACCCUCGUCAUGGAUCAAAAAAGACGUGGAAUGCGUGUGGCCGUCUGGACUGUCAACGAUAUGGCCGAACUGCUGAGCUCGACAGAUGUAACAUUUCCGCCAACUUCAUCCGAACUGCUCCUGGGUAAGGUGGUGCCUCUAUUGGUUUUUACAUUUUCCAUGUUUUAGUAAUAGUAAAUAAUUUCGGCGUUCGAAAAAGCAACAUUUUUGGCAGUCCAACAUAG